GCGGCGAAGAGAACACGGUCUGUUGACACCGCCAACUAUGCAGGAUGGGGGUGGUGCGUGGAGCGCGGAAACGGUAUCUCUCGGGAGAACCUGCUGAAGCCUCAGGAAGAAGCCAGAGUGACUGGAGGUUCAGCCCACAGCAGUCCCUGGAUAUUGUAAAGCCUUACAGAGCCGGCCAACUGUCCCAGAUUGGCCAAAGAGCCUGGUCUGACAGGAUGGAUGCUUCUCCUGAGCCCCAACAGAAGGAUGGGACACUGGUGCUGGUCCGACGGCAACCCCCUGUGUCCCAGGGCUUGCUGGAAACACUGAAGGCCAGGCUGAAGCAGAGCUGCACCUGCAGUAUGCCAUGUGCUCAGGCUUUGGUGCAGAAUCUGUUUCCUGCCAUACACUGGCUGCGUCAGUACCGCCCAAAAGAGUACCUGGCAGGUGAUGUUAUGUCUGGGUUGGUCAUUGGCAUUAUCCUGGUGCCACAGGCCAUAGCCUACUCACUGCUGGCUGGGCUGCAGCCCAUCUAUAGCCUCUAUACUUCCUUCUUUGCCAACCUUAUCUACUUCCUCAUGGGCACCUCACGCCAUGUUAAUGUGGGCAUCUUCAGCCUGCUGUGCCUCAUGGUAGGUCAGGUGGUGGACCGAGAACUCCAGUUCGCUGGUUUUGACCCCUCCCAGGAUUCUCUGGGGCAUAGGGACAAUGGCACCACCCUCAACAACUCAACUACAACACUGGUGCUUGGGCUACAGGACUGUGGACGGGACUGCCAUGCCAUUCGAAUUGCCACCGCUCUCACUCUGGUGACGGGACUUUAUCAGGUCCUCAUGGGUGUCCUCCGGCUGGGCUUUGUGUCUACCUACCUCUCACAACCACUGCUCGACGGUUUUGCUAUGGGAGCCUCUGUGACCAUCUUGACUUCUCAAGCUAAACACCUGCUGGGUGUGCGGAUCCCUCGGCACCAGGGCCCAGGCAUGGUGGUCCGCACAUGGCUGAGCUUGCUGCAGAGUGUGGGACAGGCCAAUAUGUGUGACAUGAUCACCAGUGCCGUGUGCCUAGGAGUGCUAAUAGCAGCUAAGGAGCUCUCAGACCGCUACCGACACUGCCUGAAGGUGCCAGUACCCACAGAGCUGCUAGUCAUUGUGGUGGCCACACUUGUGUCGCACUUUGGACAGCUCCAUACUCGGUUCGGCUCGAGUGUGGCUGGCAACAUUCCCACUGGUUUUGUAGCCCCACAGGUACCAGACCCUAAGAUAAUGUGGCGUGUGUCCCUGGAUGCUAUGUCCCUAGCCCUUGUGGGCUCAGCCUUCUCCAUCUCGUUGGCAGAGAUGUUUGCUCGUAGCCAUGGCUACUCUGUUCAAGCCAACCAAGAGCUGCUAGCUGUGGGCUGCUGCAACGUGCUGCCUGCCUUCUUCCACUGUUUUGCCACUAGUGCUGCUCUGUCCAAAACCCUGGUGAAGAUAGCCACUGGCUGCCAGACCCAGCUGUCCAGUGUGGUCAGUGCUGCUGUGGUGCUGCUGGUGCUGCUGGUGCUAGCUCCACUGUUUCGUGAUCUACAGAGGUGUGUGCUGGCGUGUAUCAUUGUUGUCAGCCUGCGAGGGGCACUGCGAAAAGUGAAGGACCUCCCACAGCUAUGGUGGCUAAGCCCUGCUGAUGCAUUGGUCUGGGUGGCUACUGCAGCCACCUGUGUGCUGGUCAGCACCGAGGCUGGACUGUUAGCUGGGCUGUUCUUCUCACUGCUCAGCCUGGCAAUCCGCACACAGCGUCCACGGGCUGCCCUUCUCGCUCGAAUUGGAGACUCAACCUUCUAUGAGGAUGCUUCUGAGUUUGAGGGCCUCCUGCCCCCACCUGAGGUGCGAGUGUUCCGUUUCACAGGCCCACUAUACUAUGCCAACAAGGACUUCUUCUUGCGGUCACUCUAUAGCCUCACAGGGCUGGACGCAGGGCACUCAGCCACCAGGAAGGAGAAGGGCCCAGAGGUGGGUGUCAGUGACAGAAAUCUUGUUGACGGCAAAGAUAUGGGUUCAGUGAGCAGUGGGGCUGGGCUGGUGGUACCCCUGGCAUUUGGUUUCCACACAGUGGUCAUUGACUGUGCACCACUGCUGUUUCUGGAUGUGGCUGGCAUGGCCACACUGAAGGACCUGCACAGAGAUUACAGAGCCCUGGACAUCACCCUGCUUCUGGCCUGCUGCAGUCCCUCAGUGAGGGACACAUUGAGGAAAGGCGGCUUCCUUGGAGAAGACCAGGAAGCUGAGGAUGAGCUGCUCUUCCCCAGUGUACACAGUGCCGUGGAGGCUGCACGUGCCCGCCGUGAGGAGCUGGGGGCUGCUGACUCUGCUUUCUAGCAGGACUAAGACCCAUGUCCACAAGCCAGUACUGAGCUCCUUUGUAGGAGUGAUAUGAAGGAUGGAAUCAUUAAAGAGAUGUACCCUUGGACCAUCUCUGCCCUGGAAAAGCCAGGGAACUCCAACUAGGAAAGGGAACACAUUCAUUCCAAACAUUCAGUGAUUGAGACCCUCUACCUGAGACCACUGCUGCCCCCUGGUGCCUAUUCAACCCUGGUGGCUGCACCCACACAUCUGAUCCCUCAGCCAAGGAAGUGCCCAGUUUGACAUUCUGUUACCAUCUUAUCUGAAAAAAAGUCCUGCAAAUUAUGUGGCCUCCAAGAUGCCAAAAGGACACUUUCCCUCCCCCUGCACCACCAGAUAUCAGGUAUGAGCUGAACAUAUGGCCCAGCGGCAAGGGUCUGAAUUUCUGAAAGGCCUUCUCAUGCCUGGUGCUCAUCUUGGUUGGGCCCUUGCAAAGGCAGUCACCUGCUCCAGAACAGAUGGCCCAGGGUCACUGUCUAAGAUGAUGUGACUGAUAUAACCCCAACCUGACCUUCAAGUAUGAUGUCUCUACACAGCUUAUACUGGUGACCACAACGGGCACAUGUAUGGUACAAAGCCAGGCACAGUAUACACCAACCCCAUUCUGUACUUCUAAGAAACCCUUAGAAGGAAACCACCUGUGCUCUGUCCAGGGGCUGCCCUUGGCAUAGCCAAGCAGACCUUCCCUUCGUCUUCUGCCCAACAGGAGGCAGUGCAGUCCUGGCCCUGUGCCCUACCAUGAUGCUUCCCAACCGACAGCCCAGCACUGUGCUCCACAGCUGGCCUUGACAAGGUCAGAUCCACCACCUCAGCAUCUCUGUAAGACAAGCUCUGACCAGCAGCUCCCAGGGCACCCACCUCGGCAUCACCCACCUGGCUGUGAUGAGAUCCAGCAGCCAAUGUAUCCGGACCUGCUCGAUGCCACUGUGAGGUACGGCACCUAUGUAGGCAAGGUUCAGUUGCUGGUCCCAACUAAGGUCGUACUGGUCAGCCUGGUCGUGAGGCAGUGGGGGGCUAGGGACAGGACAAAGAAGUAAAGUGUCCUAAGCAGGGACCUGCAGCAGACCAGGUUCUACACAUUUAGCACCUGACUGCCAGGCCCUUGCAGAGGAACAGUGUGUGUCUCCACAUUGUAUGAUAAAGUAGCCCUUUCACCAGAAAUGUUCUACAGUCUUGUCUCUGGGAGGUGGGUUCCCAUAGGACACAGUACCAUAUUCUAAUAGGACAUCUGCCUGCCAUAGAAGAGGAUCUGUAAAUUCCUAGAAAGACUUGGAGGCAUUCAGAAACCAGGUCUGGUCCAACACUCGAGGUCAGGUACUUUGGGAGAGUCCUAGGUUCUGCCGAAGUACCAAUCAUGAGCCUAUAGCCUGAGUACCAUGCUCUUGAUCCCUGGGGACCAUUUAGGGAGGCUCUGGCACUCGGGAAAUCCACUAAGUGGAAAACACACGCCACACCCUGAAGGAAGAAGUUUGAUCUUCAUUCCUGAGUGUCCAAGAAUGAUGGGCAGAGAGCCCAAAGGUCUGAUGAGAGAAACCCAGAGAAUGGAGCAAGAGGCUUUCCUGGACUUGGCAAGUACGUGCGGUGGGCCUCACCAGAAGC